GCGGCAUCAGUUGAGUCCAGAUUUUUCCGUUCCGUACAAGUGUAGUGUUCGUAUAACAUCCAGUCACAAUGUCUUCUCUAAGGCGAGAUCGAUUCAGCAAGCUCAUCGGAUUCGCCCUGCUUUGUAUGGUGCUGACAUCAUCGCUCUCGCAAGCACAAGUAACUUUCUCGCGCGACUGGAACGCCGGCAAACGGUCACUAGCGGAAACGGCCCAACCAACGAGCGAAUGUGCUACCAUAUGGCGUACGGUUACGAACCUUUGUGCUGCCGUAACGAAAAAUAUUCAACACCUGACGAUGUGCGAGGCCAGGGCGUUGAUGAAGAAUCUGCAGAACGAAGACGGUUCUAUGGAAAACAAUGGCGGUGGAGGACUUCCGUUAUUUGGGAAUGGGCAUCUUUAAAUGGGGGAUGGCAAGGCGAGCACGGAAAUCUGAAAAGGACAUUACAGUUCAUCGGAAAAACGAAAUGAUAAUACAAUAUAUGAAGCACUGAAUAAUUUUGAA